AUUUCACGAUUUACGACUUCCUCUCUUUGACUGAACUUUAUAGAACUGAAGCAAACUUGAUUAAACUUAUUAUUAAUGAUAAAUAAGAGUCGAACAUAAUUGAACUUCUAGAGUAUAUAUACUUCAGAGUCUAAAAUAAUUGAAGUGAUAUUAUUAGUUUUGCUCCUUGUCUCUAUUCUCAUAUGCUCUUCUCUGAGACUUUCUGGUUAGCUCAAAUCUAAAUAAUCCUUAGCUAUGUUGAAUGACGGUUUUGUCCUUUUGAUCAUACGCUCUAAACUCUACACAUAACUUUACCAACUAAAUUAAAUAUGAUCUAGUGCUAGUUAGAUUUUGAAUGUAAAAUGUUUUUUGGUCCCACUCUUACUAUAUUUUUACUCAAAAGCCCUCGUACAAAAUAAGUGAUGUACAACAAACAAUUUAAGUGACGUGUAAAAAAUGUGGAAACGUAUUACUCCUUUUAGAAUGAAAGAUACGUGUGUAAAUCUUGAAUGCGGAAAUGUAUUUGAAUUUUGGAUGCAUCACCCACCAUGAAAAAGGAUAGCAACACUCUAUUAUGAGUAAACAUUUUCAUUACAAAAAACUGUCUACAUUCAAUGUACACAAAUCAUCUUCAUCAGUCCUAUGAUUAAUUUUAUGUCUUGAGUUUGCUACUGAAAGUAACGUCUUAUGAGAAAAAAUAUUACUUUUAGUAUCAAAUUCAAAGGGACCGAGAUAAUAUAUUCAUACAUCAAUAAAGUUAAUUGUGUAAGUAUGUAUAUCCAAGUGAAUAACUGUCCAGAUUCUUAAUGAUGGGAGAAAUUGAUCCAGCUUUCAUCCAAGCCAUAGAACACAGGCCUAAUCCUACCAUAAUUCAAGCAGAAGGAAUUCCAACCAUUGAUCUUUCAAUAAUUAGCUCCCUUAAUCACUUAUCAAACACCAAUAUUGAUGAGAACUUGGGUGCCCUUAUAGCCAAAAUCGGGAAAGCUUGUGAAGAAUGGGGAUUCUUCCAAGUAAUCAAUCAUGGGGUUUCACUACAGAAACUGGAAAGUGUUAAGUUAGCAGCAAGGAAGUUUUUUUCUUUAUCUAAACAAGAGAAAAUGAAGGUUGGUCGAGACGAAGAUAAUCCGAUGGGUUAUUAUGAUUGUGAGCAUACAAAAAAUGUGAGAGAUUGGAAACAAGUUUUUGAUUUCACCAUUAAAGAUGUUGUUAAUCCUCUCCCUGUUUCUACUGAUGAUGUUCAAACUGUCAAAUCUUUUGCAAAUCGUUGGCCUGACCAUCCUCCUCAGUUUAGGAAUAUAGCACAAGAAUAUGCAGGUGACGUUGAGAAAUUGGGUUUUAAGCUGAUGGAGUUGAUUGCACUUAGCGUAGGACUCGAAGCGAAUAGGUUCAAUAGGUUCUUCGAGGAUCAAACAACGAGCUUUAUUCGAUUGAACCACUACCCUCCGUGCCCUGCACCUCAUCUUGCUCUAGGUGUUGGUCGACAUAAAGAUGCAGGAGUCUUAACCAUCCUUGCGCAGGAUGAUGAUGUUGAAGGGCUUGAAGUUAAGAGGAAGUCUGAUGGUAAAUGGAUUAGGGUGAAAUCAGUUCCUGGCUCUUUCAUUAUCAAUGUUGGUGAUACUAUUCAGGUGUGGAGCAAUGACAAGUAUGAGAGUGUAGAGCAUAGAGUGGUGGUGAAUGCGGAGAAGGACAGAUUAUCAAUCCCAUUUUUCUUGAAUGCAGCUCAUUAUGUCAAUGUGAAACCCUUGGAAGAAUUAGUAGAUGAACGAAAUGUUGCCAAAUACAAUGAGUUUAAUUGGGGAGAAUUUUUCAUGACAAGAAAGAACAGUAAUUUCAAGAAGCUUCAUGUUGACAACAUCCAAAUCUCACGCUUUAAGAAACUUGAUCACAAAAAUAUAAUAGCAUCACAUUUAACUCAUACGAUGGGAGAAAUUGAUCCUGCAUUUAUUCAGCCUGUUGAGCAUAGGCCGAAAACCACAAUAACUGAUGCUGAAGGAAUCCCAAUCAUCGAUCUUUCUUCCAUUACCUCAAACAAUCAAUUGCGUGAUAGAAAUGAUCAUAUUGAUGCUAGAGACAUUUCUCGUGUCGUAACUGAGAUAGGCAAUGCCUGUGAAAAGUGGGGAUUCUUUCAAGUGAUCAACCAUGGUGUGCCUCUUGAGAAGCUUAAGAAAGCCGAGCUAACUACUCGGAAAUUCUUUGCUCUAUCUCAAGAAGAGAAGAGGAAGGUUGGUCGAGAUGAAGCCCAUCCAAUGGGGUACUACGACUCUGAGUAUACCAGGAAUAUUAGGGAUUGGAAACAAGUUUUUGACUUUACUGCCAAAGAUCCCUCUUUUAUUCCUGUUUCCCCUGAUGAUCUAGCGCCCAAGGAACUCAUAAACCAAUGGCCUGAAUCUCUCCCCGAAUUCAGGGAGGCAACCCAAGAAUAUGCAAGAGAAGUGGAAGCAUUAGGGUUUAAGCUGUUGGAGCUGAUAGCCAUGAGCUUAGGCCUGAAAGCAAAUAGACUGAGCGGCUACUUCAAGGAUCACGCAAGCUUUGUGCGGCUUAACUACUACCCACCCUGUCCUUCUCCGCAACAGGUUCUAGGUGUUACUCGACACAAGGAUGCAGGUGCAUUGACGAUUCUGGCGCAAGACGAUGUUGGAGGAUUACAAGUCUUACGGAAAUCCGAUGGUGAAUGGGUCAGUGUCAAACCCAGCCCUGGUGCUUUUAUCAUCAACGUCGGUGACAUAAUUCAGGUUUGGAGCAAUAACAAAUAUGAGAGUGUGGAACAUAGGGUGAUGGUAAACUCAGAGAAAGAUAGGAUAUCUAUUCCAUUUUUCUACUACCCAGCACACUAUGUCACGGUCAAGCCUUUAGAAGAGUUGGUUGAUGACCAAAACCCACCCAAAUACAGAGAAUACAAUUGGGGCCUUUUCUUUGCAACCAAAAGGAAAAGUAAUUUCAAGAAGCUACAGGUUGAGAACCUCCAGGUCUCUCACUUUAAAAUAGCUUAA